GUUGAUUAUAACUCAUUAUGCCGCAGAAAAUGCAAAGACCCGGCAUGACUCGCACGCAUUCGCGAUCGUCGUCCGGCGGCUCGUCUAAACUUGCGCUGAACCUGCAGUUCACGCAGAAAGACCAGCUGCCGCCAAAGUUCACCGAUAAGACCAAGAAAAACGGUCUAGUGCACCAUGAGCCGCAGCAACGGACCACGUCUCCUUUUCCUCGGACAAACAGCAAGCAACGUGUCAGGUCGAGGGAACAUAUACAGCCUCUAGCACUCAAGAAACACGCGCCCUUGCCGCACGAUCUCAAACCUCGUGGUGGCAAGCACAAAGUCGAUUUCUCUAUCGCUAGUCCCAGCAGCGAUGAUGAUGAAGACGAGUGGGUCUCCAGCGGGCAAGUGAGUCGUGAGGACUCGGACGCGGAAUCGGAUAAGGCCUCGCAGGUGGUCAAGACACCCAUCGCGGCAGAGCCUCCCCAACGCCUCCCCUCCCCUCCCCCACAGCCUCGCAUCGAAUCCCCUCGCCCGCAGCCUCCACCGCAACUUCCGAAGGUCGAUACGCCGGGAUUAGCUACGCCACGUGCAGAAUCGUCCCUAUCGCGAGUUCCGACCGCCCAACCCAAUGACUCCCUAGCGAAGGCUCCUCCCGCGCGCGUGCCUUCAGCGCCUCCCAGAUACGAGCAAUCAGAGGGGCAGCUCGUGGACGAGCGAUCCAAGACCCCCACAUCCCCGCACCGCCCGAGACCGCAAUCGACAUCCAAACGCCAGAGUAUGUCCCGCCCGCCAUCCAUGUACUCGGUCGGAAGCAGAGACGGCUCGCUCCGGCCACAUCCACUCAUCAGAGGUCACUCGUAUGGCCAGGGCAAGCCUGCGCCCCUUGCGCCGCUCACGACAGUCACGGCGGACACCGCUUCCGCGAAGCUGUCGUCAUCCGUUUCCCCGCCUUCCUCUGCGGUGGGAAAGUUCACAUCCUCGCCCUCCUCCCCCGAGUCCCUGCGUUCCCCUUCCCAGGCAUCCCUGCGGCGCACGUCCAUCUCGUCCGCUCGCUCUGUCAACACCCUGCCUGGCACCGCUGCGCCCUCACAUACCGCAGGCCGCUCCGGCCACGAUCGUAACCGCACGCUCUCCACCAUAUCUUCCUCUUCUACCGGGUCGAUGGCCGCUUUGUCUUCGCUCGCACACAACCACCUCCCUCCCGCCUCUCGGCCCGCCACCCCUUCGUACAUCUCACACUUCCCCCCACCCCCGCCGAAUAUCGAGUCGAUCCACCCGCUGCUCCCUCCGCCGUACCUCAGCACCCACCUCACAGUGGUUGCAUACCGCAAUCCGAUCCAGGAGUCAUUCGACCGGGUCGUUAGGGCGAAGCAGCAGAUGGCGCGAUGAGAACGCGUUCCGAAUAUCAUUAUUGCAGUACCUGUUAUAUGACAAUCUGACAUUGCUUUCCAGCUGUCUGACAACAACAUGCAUGCCUUUGGACGUUACAUAAUGAAGACUAUAGGACUCCCUUUCAUGACGCUGGUGUUUGUACUCGUAGAUUCAUGCAUUAUUUAUGGCGACCGGUGAACUUCCAAUCCC